CACGUCAAUGGCAAGCAAAUCAGGAAAUACUGGGAAUGCUCAGCAUCUCUGUGGAGAGAGAGAGAGAGAUCUUGUUCACGUCUCAGGUCAAUGACUUUGAAGAGAAACAUCUCGUUCUCCUGCGUGAUGGGCGGACUUUAAUUGGAUAUUUGAGAAGUAUCGAUCAGUUUGCCAACCUGGUGCUCCAUCAGACACUGGAAAGGAUUCACGUGGGCCAGAAGUAUGGAGAUAUCCCUCGUGGGAUAUUCGUUGUGAGAGGAGAGAAUGUGGUUCUGCUUGGAGAGAUUGAUCUGGAUAAGGAGAGCAUGUCGUCUCUGCAGCAAGUAACCAUUGAGAAAAUUCUGGAAGAACUGCGGAUGGAGCAGGAGGUCAAGAACAAAGCCGAAAAGCUGAAGAUUCAGGUUUUUAAGGAGCGUGGGCUGAUCCUCCCUCACCUCGACACUCUCGAUGAAUAUUAAGAAAGGGACGAGGGAAACCUGUGUGAGAACUGGACUGGAAGUGAAGGAAGGAAAUACUUGUCGAUCGGACAAGCGCACUUUGUUUUUGGGAUGGAACGAUUGCAUCGAGGCUGAAUGAAUCUCCUGCAGUAGCUUCCCUGAGCAGGUGGAGCCUACCUGAGCCACAUCAGCCCCUCUGACGAUGAUGUUUGGGGAGGUUUCCAGGAUGUAUUUACUUCAUGUAAAGAGACACUUUUUUUUUUCUCUUUUUCUACAUGUGACUGACUGACUGACUGGGAAAUCUUGUGUUCCUAUGUCAUCGUCUCUCUCUCCCCCCACCCAACCACCCACAUCCCCUUGAAUCCACGACUGCUUUUGGUAUUUAAUUUCACCUUUCCUGCCCCCACCCCGCAAAAGGGUAAGUUUGCCACUUGCGUGACGUGUUUUCAGUGACCAGUCCCAGCUCAGCCUUCCAUGUGGAACUAGUUCGAUUGUACACCAGGACCCUGUUGGGCUGAUGGUCCCCGGUAUUAGUUUGCUUGAGAGUGGGGGAGGGGCAAGUACAGCCACCGGCUCUCGGCGGAGUUAAACUGGAUGGCCUUACAGGGCCGUUGGGUGUGCACGCUGAGAGUCUUGUUUGGUUUGGAGAAGCCUCAUCGAAAUGUUACCCCUGUGGUCUC